UCCAGUCUCACGCACACACUAUUUGGCACACACACCUCCGAUCCACACCGGCCUCUAAAAACACUCAUAAAGAUUUAUGUUGGUGAAACAUGAGGAAAGAGCUCUCGAUCGGUCUGUUUUUCGUCUGCAAUUUGGGAACGAAUUUCGUCUUGUAAGGUGUGUUUGAUAUUUUUCAUUUUCCCUGCGUGGAUACAGUCUCGAGAGUGUUUUGUUUUUUAACUACGCAACGCCACCCAGCUGAUUUGACAGCUGGCCUGACCUUCCGUGUAUCAAUUACAUAUACGUACAUCAGAAACAUCGUCAGUUCACUCGGCCGUCAUGACCAACCACCAGACAAAUUUCGACUACGGACAGCCAGAUAUGGAUGUGACAUCGGCAGCCGAAUGUCUUCUAGCGAUUGCCAAGUCCAGACCACCCUGGAAACCCCCGGUAAUCGCACCGAUUCCACGGCCAGUCGACAUGGGAUUCAACCCUCUUACACCGUACGAUUUCCACGCACAAUCUGUGACGCAGGACAGUGAAUUGGCCCAACUGCCAAAUCCUUUGUUCAUGGUGGCUAGGAUACUGGCUGAUUUAGAGACGUAUAAGAACCGAGAACUUGCCCCUUCCCCGAUCAGUGAUUGCUCCAGCUCUAUCGAACUCAGCCAAGAACAUUUUACACCGUCUGGGAGGAAAUCUAAGGGUAGAAAGACGACAAAACGUAAGGACAGAAAAUCGAACACGUGCGACGGAAAAGUCGAGUCGGGACAAAGAAAGCGCAAGAAGAGAUCCUCCCACCAUGGGCCUGACGGCGCCCCCCUCAAAAAACACAAGUGCGACUAUGCUGGAUGUGACAAAAUCUACGGGAAAUCGUCUCAUCUGAAAGCCCAUCUCAGAACACAUACUGGUGAGAGACCAUUCCCCUGCACAUGGCCCGAAUGCUGUAAGAGGUUUGCCCGGUCCGACGAGCUGGCCCGCCACUACCGCACACACACCGGCGAGAAGAGGUUCUGCUGCCCUCUGUGCGAGAAACGCUUCAUGCGCAGUGACCACCUGAUGAAGCAUGCCAGACGUCACGCCAACUUCCACCCCAGCCUCUUGAAGCGCCCUCGCAGUAUGGCUGGCUCGCUCAGUGACGACAGCAGAUCGGCGAACUCCAGCCCCGUCAAUUCCCCGUGAAUUGUAUGAACAUUUGUAUGAUGUGAACCAUUUGUAUACCUCAUCAUCCACGAGAAAAUUCACAUGACUCUUGUGAUGGGAGUUUCUCUCAAUUGCUGCACUUUUGGAUUAAAUCUUAUUGACUUGUUUGUUUUUUAUUUAUUACUUUUUCGAUUUUUUUAUUUUUUUCCGUUUGUUUAAUAAUCGGAGCAGACUACCAGAUGAAUUUCCUUUAUACCUUACAUUUUGUAUAGGGAUGCUCAGGAACCAUGCGAAAUAAUGUUUCAAUGAAAAGGCUGAAGAAAGAAUUGGUGAAAAUAAUUGUUACAGAUUUAUUGUGAGGAAUAGUUUGCCUGGAAGUAACUGCUUCCAAGCGAACUUCCAGAUGUUAUGGCAACAUCUGGUUUGUUAAAAUUUUCGGGUCAGUUUUGUUUUUUUAUCUGCGAAUUUAAGGUUGGAGAUUUUACCCUUUUGGUCUGCUUCUUACGCAAGUGGUCUCUAAGACAGAUUAUGUGGUUUGCCGGCUUCUAAUUUUUGUAAAUCACUUAACUUUAACAACCUUUGCAAAGACAAAGAACUAGUACAGAAAACCCGUAAAACUUUCUUUGGAAAUGGUCUUCUUUCAGCGCAUCCACCAAAAACGCACGUAAACAAAAACAAUCUUUAAAGUUGCAUUUUAUUAAGUAUAGCUUGUAAGUGUGAUGUUACAUUAUUGGUUUAGUGUUAAGUUGGUUAUAGUUGUUUAUGCCUGGUUUGCUAGUUGAGAUGUAAAGGUUGAAGGAUGACCACCAAAACUUAAGCUAGUCGGGUUAUAACCAUUGUGACGCACUAAUCUCAUCUGAUAAGGAGCUGUAGUUCUGAAACUGCAAGGGGGUGAGGUUCCUUUUUGUGAUACAUCACCCCCGUAGUUUUCCCCAAGCACGAGUUAUACGAAUGUAGAAAUGGUGACACUCUUAAAGGUGUAGUUGUUGACCAACAUCUCUCAAAGCCAACGCUCCUUAAGAUCCAUCCAAAAGAGAUUUACACAUGGUUGACCUGCAAGUUUACACUAUAAAAACCUCUGGGUCAAAAUCGAUCCGGGUCUUAUGGGACCUGACCCAUUUGAUUUCUUGGUCAGGCUGACCCAGAAAUCGGUGAAUCAAUUUGAAUUUUGACUAGGAUUCUGCGUCAGUUUGACCCCCCUUAGGUCCAUGUGUGAUCCAGAUCAGAUUAAUUUUGACCCAAGAGGUUUGAUAGAGUUUCCUUCAAAAAUGAUUUCCUGACCAAGUUUAAUUUGUGUGGUAAGAGUUAUCUAUUGUAUUCGUAUGUAAGUUUUUAAGGUUGGGAUACCGAUGUUUUUUAAAACUGCUGUGUUGAUAUUAUAACGUACUCUAGUCCCAUUUUUAAGUGUGAUGUGUGUAAUGGGACACUUUCCAACGCUAGGUGGCAGCAGACUUACAGGGUAGAUUUCCACUGUUUACGUAGUUCUGAACAUGUCCAUACUUCUGAAAACAAUGGCUUUACCUGGUAAGUCUGCUGCCAUCUAUCGUCCCAGAAAGUCUCCUACUGUUUGCACUGUUAUGAGUCAGAAUUGCAAAAUUCAUACUAUUUAUUCUGGGUGUUUCAUUCGUAAACGAAUGUAAAAAUGUAAAGUUGGGCUACCGCACAAAAGACGUGGUACAGGAUUACUAAACAAUCCGAAGACGAGAGAAUUUGUCAUUGUUAAAAUUAUGUUGUCAAAUAGCAGAUGAUAAUUUUAAAAUGCAAAUUAUUAGUUCAACGAGCCUGUGCCUUUAAGAUGAUUAUGAAAUUCGUUUGGUCUGUAAACUACACAGCUAUAAUAUAAAGUUAUAAUUUAACAGUUUCAUGACUUUUUAUCGUUUUCAUUCGAAAUUUUCACGUGAUUAAUUAUUGUGUUUUGUCGAAGAACACUAGUUGUGUUUUAAAGUGCACGUCAUACGUUUCCGAAAAGAGCAGGGACAAAAAAAAGUGACUCAAGAAGUGUACUUUUCAAUAAUGUACAAUGUAAAUAGUGUUGUAAUAUUUAAACCAUAUAAUCUAUAUAUAAUCUAUAUUUUAGAGUUUAAUAUACUGGUGUAGGGUUGAAUUAACGUUGAUUUUGUUUUUGUUGUGAGUUUUAGAGUCUAUGUACCCUGAAACUGGUUUUCGGCCUCAUGUUGUAAGAUAUUAAGUUAUUUGUUUGUUUUGGUUUAUGACAGUAAUAAUACACCAAAUUCUCAGAUGGUACUCUCAUCAAAAAAUUAAUUGGAAAAGAUGCCGAAUAUGUGACCAUCAAUUGGCAUUAUUUAUCAAGACACUAUUGUGGCAGCGACCGUGAGCGGCUACGACUCUGGCUUGAUCAUGAGGUGAACCAGCGUUAUACUCGUCGCCACAAAAUAAGCCAGAGCCGCCAAAUGUUGACUUCCGGGUCGCAUUGGGUGGACAAAGUUGUCAGAUUUUGCAUCUUUUUCCAAAAAAAUGAAUCAUGCCGUCUCACAAGUUCAGGGUGCUUUUUGGCGGUCGUAGUCAAUAACUGUUUCGGUUAACUUGCCCAUUUGCUACGCACUUAUCAGUGACCACCGACUGAAACAGUUAUUGGUUUCAGCCGCCAAAACGCAUCCCUGAUUUUUGAAUUUAACUCGGGCAGAAGUAUAACUUCUAUUAAUUGGGCAACAUGAGCUCAUGUUUCUUUGAACAAUUAACUCAAACACUCGAAAGGUUUUUAUGAGACUGAUUGAAAACUAAGGGACGCGACAGGAAUUAGAUUAAGUUCUCUUCCACAAAGUACCUUCAUUUUACUUAAAUAUUUAUGCGUGUCGAGCAGAUUUAGAAUGAAUAGUUUAAAAUGCUUAAUAUUUUCAGGUAUUUGCGUCAAGCAGGGCACCACCACAAAUUACAUUGUAUCUUUUGUUUUCUUUUCAUUUUCCUUCAAAAAAUUAUAUUUCUUUGAGUUUGAAGGUAAUUGAUUUAAAAAUAUAGAAACGUCGAGAAGUUUUUCAGUAAAAGAAUUGUAAUUAAUUAUUGAUCGUUCUUCCUCGUGAGAUCAAAAUUUAAAAUAUAUAUAUUUAUUACCAUUUUUGUAGAUAAAAGUAUGCUUUGUAGAUAAGUAUUAAUCUUUAACACUGUUCAUAACCUGUAUUUUUAAUUGAUUAAUUAUAUUUUGAAAACAAAUGGAAAGAGCUGGAAUAUUUUUUUUUGUGAGAUGAGAGAGGAGGUGUCUAUUGAAAACGGUGCAGAAGCAACGUAAAAAAUUGCCAAUUGGAAGUGGUGGAGUGGUGCAGACUAGAGUUGAAAUGAAUGGAAAGAGAACAAAAUAAAAGACAAAGCAAAGACAACAAAAUUA